UUUGUUAUCAUUAUCGUUUUCGCGAACGCAUGCGCGGUUGUUAUUGCGCGACAGUCCGUUGUGCGAUAAAAUUAACUUUAUUUAGAUUUAAUUUAAUUGUAAUUUAGUGGAACUGAGAGAAUCGAUCUUUGGAGUACCGCGUAGAAUUAAAAUGCCGGAUAUGAAAUAUAUUUUGGUUACCGGUGGUGUUAUAAGUGGGGUAGGGAAAGGUGUGAUAGCAAGUUCUUUUGGCACGAUUCUAAAAAGCUGUGGAAUAGAUGUAACAUCAAUAAAAAUUGAUCCUUAUAUUAAUAUUGACGCUGGCACCUUCUCUCCGUACGAGCAUGGUGAAGUUUACGUUCUGGAUGACGGAGGUGAAGUCGACCUUGAUCUUGGCAACUACGAGCGGUUCCUCGACAUCACCCUGCAUAGAGACAACAACAUAACUACAGGCAAAAUAUACCAACAGGUUAUAGAAAGAGAGAGGCGCGGUGAUUACCUGGGAAAAACUGUUCAGGUUAUUCCUCACAUCACCGACGCAAUCCAGGAAUGGGUUCAAAGAGUGGCUCACAUCCCAGUCACCAAAGACAAUGCUCCUCCAAGAGUGUGCAUAGUGGAGCUUGGAGGGACUAUCGGAGACAUCGAGAGCAUGUCUUUUGUAGAAGCAUUCAGGCAGUUCCAGUUCAGGGUGAAACGAGAAAACUUCUGCUGUGCCCAUGUCUCAUUAGUGCCAAUGGUAAACAAUCUCUUUCAGCCCAAAGCAACAGGUGAACCUAAAACGAAACCAACACAAUCUUCCGUUAGAGAGCUCAGGGGACUUGGCUUAUCCCCGGACUUGAUUUUGUGCCGAUCUGAAAAACCAAUAAACCACACAGUGAAGGAGAAAAUCUCGAAUUUUUGCCAUGUUGCUCCAGAGCAGGUUUUGUGUAUUCAUGAUCUGAGCUCAGUGUAUCAUGUGCCACUUUUAAUGGAGUCACAAGGACUGGUCCAGUACCUAAACGACAGACUUCAACUUAACAUAUCCAUGCCACGGCCAGGAAGGUACAUGCAAAAAUGGCGUAACCUCGCAAAACGUGUGGACAACCUCCGCAAAGAGGUGAACAUAGCUUUAGUUGGGAAGUACACCAAACUCGAAGACAGCUAUGCUAGCGUGACUAAGGCCCUACAGCAUGCUUGCAUCGCAGCCGGGUCUAAACUGAACCUCACCUAUAUUGAAGCAGUGAAUCUUGAGAAGCAAACUAAGAUUGACGAUCCUGUUAGUUACCACAAGGCGUGGCAGGAUUUGUGCAAAAGCGAUGGCGUAAUAGUGCCUGGUGGCUUCGGUCAACGAGGCAUGGAGGGCAAGAUAGAAGCUUGCCAGUGGUGCCGCGAGACACAGAAGCCGAUGCUCGGUAUAUGCCUAGGGCUCCAAGCGGCCGUCAUAGAGUUUGCAAGGAACGUCCUCGGACUGAAAGGUGCGAACUCCACCGAAGUGGACCCGAACUGUGAAGAUAAACUGAUCAUUGACAUGCCCGAACACCAUCCCGGUAACCUUGGAGGUACUAUGAGACUGGGGAAAAGGAAAACUUUCUUGGAACCGAGCGUUAUUACUCGGCUGUACAACAGCGACGUGAUCGAGGAGCGCCACCGACACAGAUAUGAAGUGAACCCGGAGUAUAUCGACCGGCUGGAGGCCAGCGGACUCCGCUUCGUCGGAAAAGACGAGAGUCGUACGCGCAUGGAGGUGGCAUCCGUGGAGUCGCACCCCUACUACGUGACAGUGCAGUUCCAUCCCGAGUAUCUGUCGCGCCCGCUCUCCCCUAGCCCCCCAUUUUUAGGACUUAUCCUGGCUUCAUUAGGCAAAUUAAAGAGUUAUCUAUCUAAAGGAUGCCGCUUCAGCCCUAGAAACCAAUCAGACGUCAGCUCAGACGAAGAAGACGAUCUAUGCCUGAGCGACGAAAACGACAAGACAGUAGUUGAAAACGGAAAGGUGGUAAACGGAUUCAACAAAUUAGUUAUAGAAUAAGAGAAACUUUAUCUUUAAGCGUACUCUUUGUUUGACGUUAAGUUUAGUUGUAUUGUUUUACCUUUGUGGUACUUUUUUUUAUUGUUUCCAGUGUUAUUUCCCAGUGACAUUUUGUGACUACUUUUUGAUUCCGCCUUAACGAAUGUCGAUUAUCUGGUCUUUUCUCUCAAGUUAUUAAUUUGAUGGUUGUUUUAUUUCUUUAGUUGUUACCAGGCGUAGCAUUAACACACCUAAAGUUAUACAUAGUUAUUACAUUUAUUGUAAUAGUGGUUAUUAAGCAACAUUAUGUAAACUUACUACUAACCGAUUGAUUUUUCAAAAUUUUUACUUUGUUUUCGCACUGUGCUAGUUCGACGUUUUAAAAGGCGGGCCUUUAGUUUAACCCUUUAUAUCCCUACUUAAUUUUUCUACACAUUAAUUAGCUAGUCAAUAUCUAUGCAGCAUAAUAUAGGAUUUACAUAAGACAACUGUGUAUAGAACUACAUAAUUAUGGUGCCCCAAAUAAUAGGCAGUGUAUCGUUCUUUACUUCACUGUACAUUCUACUCGAACCGUAUUUUAAAUAGAAAUUGAUUGGAAUUUGAUUCAACAAUCGUUGAUUAUGUUUAAUAGCGCAAGUCGUGAAAUGAAACUAUUUUCCAAUCCAAUUUUAAAUUGUAAUCUUGUAUGCUAGUAUUCUUAAAGUGACUACUUACUCGUUAAAAUGAUAUUCUUCUACAUUAUAUCUCUAUAGAUAAUUGCUAGUAAAUGUGUAGAUCAUAGUUAGCUAGAACUGUUUUGAAAUUUUUCAUGGUACUUUUUAAUAUUUAGGUACAACUUUUUUGAAUUGCAAGAAUGGUGUUUGAUUUUCGUAAUGUUAUCAUCGGCAAUGUUUUGGAAAUUAAUUAAGACCUAAUUCCAAAUCUUGGGAACUGUUUGCCUGUAGAAAAAAAUAUUCCAAGGUUCAGAAUGCUGGUUUAGGCAGAGCUUAUGGAGUGUGGUUAUUAUUAC